AAUGCAUCAAUGAAUGAAUGAAUGAAUGAAUUUGGAUCAGAAGAUAUAGAAAGAGAGAGAAAGAGAAGCUUGCCUUCGAUGAUUGCAUAAUAUAUAGCCAGCCCAAUCAAUUCUUGAAGUGCAGUCUAAGCCAACAACCAUCAUCACCUGAAAGCAACAUCCCCUAAAACAGAGCCUUCCCUGCAAAUGCAAUCUCAUCUCCUCUGCUCAACAACUUCAACAUCCAUGGCGGCUUAGCCUUGCGUGCUGGAAACCUACCUUCACACAAAACUGUACAGAGAGCGAGGAGAGGGAGGAGGAGAUCGUGAACAAUAUAUGAGGAAGAGAGCGGGGAGCUGCAAAGCUGGGAAAGCACGGCGAUCAGCUGCUGGAAGGGGUUUUCGAUUGCAUCAAUGAAAUCACGGCGGCGCUCGUCUUCUCUAGGAUGACCACCGACUCCGCUUACCGCGUCGAAACCACCUCGCGCCUCGCCCAAUGGCGGAUCGAAAAUCUCGCCUCCUGCACUUACCGCAAAUCCGAUCCCUUCACCAUCGGAAAAUGGAAUUGGCAUUUAUCUGUGGAGAAGAAUCGUACCAUGGCCUUGUUCAUUAGAUUAUACCCUGUGAUAUCGAAUUUAUCCAGAGACAAGCCUCCGAUCGCAUCCUUCGUCAUCAAAGCGGUUUCCUCCGCCGGAGAUCGCAAGUGUUUGGUUCAUCCAGAAGUAAUCGACAAACAGCUCAAGAGCAACGAGGAUUUCCUCUGGGCGAUCGAGGUUCCAUUAACCGGAAAAUUCAUCAUAGACGUCGAAUUUCUCGAUCUCAAAGUCGAAUCCCUGGACGGCGCCGGGCCAUGCUCGAUUUGGGGCGAAGCCUUUGUGCAGCGAGACUCGAACGAAAAGGCUCUUACAUCCCUCGGACGAAUGCUGUCCGAAAGCAUCCACACCGACAUUGUUAUCGCAGUCUCGGAUGGAAGCAUCCCGGCGCACCGUGCAGUUCUCGCCUCGAGAUCGCCCGUUUUCCGCAGCAUGUUCUCGCACGAUCUUAAAGAGAAGGAACUCUCUUCUGUGACGAUUUCCGACAUGUCGAUCGAAGCCUGCCACGCAUUUCUCGACUACAUUUACGGAAACAUACGUAACGAAGACUUCUUGAACCACCGGCUGGCCCUGCUCCAAGCAGCCGACAAGUAUGACAUACCGGAUCUAAAAGAGGCAUGCCAUCAGAGCCUGGUCGAGGAUAUUGACACUAAGAAUGUUCUCGAAAGGCUGCAGAACGCGACUCUCUACCAACUCCCGAAACUUAAGACCAGCUGCAUGCAAUACCUUGUGAGGUUCGGGAAGAUCUACGAUAUACGGGAUGAUUUCAACGCCUUUCUACAAUGCGCCGAUAGGGAACUGAUCGGCGAACUAUUGAACGAAAUCCUCGCCGCGUGGAAGGGCUUCUGAAACAUCACAUUAUAUGACCAAUUCGACUGUAAGUUUGUUUAUAUCGAUGGAUUUCGAAAUAGGCAUUCUUUUCUUAUAAAAACGUCGAUUGUGCUUGUUCACUUGUACAUACAUACAUGCAUUGAUUCGAUACGAUUCGUUGUGUAAGAACAAUGUAAAGGUGAAUUUGAUGCUUGCAAUUUAUAAAUGUGUUAUCUUACUGACCAUGCUGAACAAUUGUUCG